AUGGCGGCCGUAUGACGCGUUUGACGUGCAGUGACGUAGCAGUGACGUAGCAGUCACGCGCCAACAUGGCGGCCGAACCAGUGCGCAUUCGUUUCUGCGCAUGGCCAUUUCUGCGUUCAACGUUCGCGCAACUUUGAUUUCUGAAAAUUGUCUACGGCUUUAAUUAAUAGCACAUAAUGAUAAAUAUAUAAAGAUGGAAUCAAUUAAUCAUAUUGGUCAUAUAUGUAGACUUGCCCGAAGAAAGAGAGAAAAAAUAAAAAGAAAUGGUUACCGAACGUGCAUUACAUUUUGUAUUCAAGAUACCCGAUCGCAGAUUGACAGCGAAAUUUUAUCGCGAAAUUCUUGGGAUGAAGGUUUUGAGACAUGAGGAAUUCUCAGAUGGAGGCUGCAAUAGACCAUAUGCAAAUUGUUGGAUUAAGACAAUGAUAGGAUAUGGCUCUGAGGAUACACAUUUUGUCAUUGAUAUUAUUGAAAGAGCAUGCACCAAUAAUUGGCCAAUUCACGAAGAGGAUGGAAAAUUUGUGAUGCAAGCACCUGGUAGAUAUAAAUACCAUAUAAUUAAUGAGCAACAUCCUACUAAUGAUCUAGUAUAGAAAGUUACUUUAUCCAGUUCUAAUCUUGAACGCACCAUUGCCUAUUGGAAGGAUAUUUUGGGAUUAAAAUAUUUAAAAAUAUUUGAUCAGAAAGAUAAAAGUGUAUUGAUGGGCUAUAGUGAGGGUCAAACCAAGCUCGAAUUUGAAGAUAUUGGUACUGAGGUUAAUCAUGCAAAAGCAUAUGGACGUAUCGCUUUCUACGUACCAUUUUCGGAGCAACCAAUGAUUCAAAAAACUAUUAAAGAAAGUGGGAAUAAUAUCUUGACUGAUCUUAUAACUUUAAAUACACCGGGAAAAGCUUCAGUAAGAGUUAUCAUUCUUGCUGAUCCAGAUGAACACGAGAUCUGCUUUGUGGAUGAUGAAGGAUUUAGACAACCAUCAGUACCAGAUUAUUCAAGUGAAGCAAUUUUGGACAGAUUUAUUCAGAAGGAAGCAUCUGCUACAACAGAUAAUGCAUAAAUAAUUUUCUCUUCCAUAUUACAAGAGCCUCGUUAUUGAAGUUAAACUUUAAAAUGGAUGAUAUUAUCAGACCGAAUGCGACGAUAUUCGUUGGCACUCUUCCCGAGCUCGAAAUGUCCUUAUACACUAUAUGUUUUUACGCCAGACCGAAUGAUCUAUGCCCCGUUUCUCUUGGUGGAACUAAGUUCAGUAUUUUCACGCAUUCGUUCAGAUAUUAUGGGAGAGACCUCAUAGAUCUUGCGCUUCCAAUUUUCUAAUUCUAUAUAGUAUAAAUAAACGCCAACGUGAUGAUAUAAAUUAUCAAACUAU